GACCUGACCUUGGCAGUGUUUCAUAUAUCAUUUGAAAAAAACUAAUUUUUUUUUUGGUUUUGCUAUUAUGUGAUGUGGUCCGAAGUCCAAAACUCUUUAUGUGAUGUGUAAUAUUGUAUUCAGAAUUUUUGUCAUCUUGUUAUUUGCUUCAUUAGGUCAUUAAAAAUAAUGUUACAAAAAAGUUGAAAUGUGCAACUGUGAAUCUAACAAAAGUAUGGAUAUGAAAACUCCCAGGAAUGUUUACCUAUCGGCUUUUUAUAAAAGGAGUUUUGCAUUUUAUACCGUUAAAAAUCGAAUGCCAGUUAUUUUAACAAAUCUUGUGGAUGAUCUAGUAAGAAAUAAACACAAUAUUAUAGGAGAAUAUGGAGAGCAAGCAAAAGAAGAAUUGAAAACAGUCAUAGGAAAGUUAUCUGAACUUAAAUAUGAGAUUCAAACCAAUAAACCUUUACAAUUAUUAACCAGUCAACUACCAGAUGCUAAAAUUUAUAAUGACCAUAUUACAAAGCAAACAAAUGAAGAAGGUCAGCCAACACACUUUCAUACCAUCUGGUUACUAACAGAAUGUUAUAUGUAUCGCAGAAUCAAUCAGAUAUUUGAAAACACAAAUACCUUAAAACAUUAUGACUAUUUUCGAAAUAAAAAAGAGGAAUCCUUCAUAUCUGCUCUACCUUUGAUAUGUCAAAUGGGAAAACAUUUAAUAGAAGUGUUGAAUAAAUCGGGAGAUGCUACUAGGGAAGAGUUUAUCCAACUUUUGAAACUGAAUCUAUGGGGCAAUAAAUGUGAUUUAUCAUUGUCACUAGGAAAAGUAUCUGAACAUUCAACUUUAUUUGAUACUCACGUUUUAGAUUCUAAAAUAUUAUGUGACCAAUCGGAACACAUAUGGAAUGCCGUUUCAAAUACACAAUCUUCUUCAGAUAUAAUAGAUAUCGUUUUGGAUAAUGCUGGCUACGAAGUGUUCACUGACUUAUGUCUAGCUGACUACCUCAUAUCGAAAAAUUUGUCAAAAUCUGUUAGAAUCUAUGUCAAAACUAUACCUUGGUUCAUAUCUGAUGUUAUGCAACAUGAUUUGAAUUGGUUGAUACUCAUUUUGAAACAAAAUAGUAAUGAAAUUCUUGUACAACUUGGUGAAAAGUGGGGAAAUUACAUUGAAAAGGGUGUUUGGACAAUAGUUGAAUCUGACUUUUGGACUUUACCACUUGAAUUUGCACAUAUGCCUAAAGUAAAUCCAGAAUUGUAUAGGCAACUAGCGGAAGCUAAGAUAAUAUUAUUCAAAGGAGAUUUAAAUUAUAGAAAAUUAUUUGGUGAGAAGAACUGGGACCCUGCUACGUCAGUUGAUGACGCAUUAAACAGUUUCAAUCCAUCAAAGCUGGGAAUUUUAAGAACUGUGAAAGCAGAUAUCAUUUGUGGACUUUCAGAAGGUCUAGCCGAAAAAAUUGAAGCUUCAAUUCCAAACUGGAUGGAAACUGGUGAAUAUGGUCUUAUACAAUUUUCAGAUAAAAUUGUGAUUUUAUAAGAAUGAAAUUUGAACUUGAAGUAAAUUUCUUUUGUGGCAAAAA